AUGGCUUUCAGGAGGCAAGUGAAAAACUUCGUGAAAAAUUACUCAGAGGCUGAAAUAAAAGUCAGGGAAGCGACUUCCAAUGACCCCUGGGGUCCCUCCAGCUCGCUAAUGCUAGCCAUCAGUGACAUGACUUUCAACACGGCCUCCCUCUCUGAGAUCAUGCACAUGAUGUGGCAACGACUGGGUGAUCAUGGGAAGAACUGGCGCCAUGUGUACAAAUGCCUCUCCCUGAUGGACUACCUCAUCAAGAAUGGCUCCAAGAAAGUUAUUCAGUGUUGCAGAGAGGGGUUGUGCAACCUUCAAAUGCUAAAAGAUUUCCAACACAUAGACGAAGCUGGAAAAGACCAAGGUCGCUAUAUCCGGGAGAAGUCUAAACAAGUCAUAACUCUGCUGAUGGAUGAGCAGCUGCUUUUUAAAGAGAGGGAAGUGGCAAGCUGGACAAGACAGCGGACCUCAUACUGCAUGAUGUUUCCCACCAGGUUACCUGCUCCGGGGAACUCGCCUGCAGCAUGCGCUUCUGUCCUCAUCCCAGAAAACCUUCCCUCCAAGAAGAAACAUUCGCUCCUGACGAUUGCGAGUCUACGUAAUAAAAAAAACACCUCCAAGGCAAGACUGAGGCUGGAGCAGUGCCAGGAUGUCCCCUCACCUGCUGAGCCCUCCCUGUCCAAGGACUCUCCUCUGCUCAGGAUGAAGAUAUGGAAAUCAACAGAGGACCUAACAUUAUUGCAUGACGAGUAUCCUAAGCAACUUUUGCCUGCAAUACCUCCUCCCAUCACCUCUCCUACUUCCUGGAUGUCAGAAGGGGAAGCGGAAGUCUGCAACCUCUGGGAUGCAGAUGCCAUGUCUAUUCCCUCAGAAAAAAGACCAUCAAUGCAGACAAAUAUGGGUUUAGUCAAGAGAUUGGAGGAAACCAUCACAAAUACUACCACAGGAAGUACCCCACAAACUCCUCAGGAAAAGCAGAUGGCUGUAGAAAGCUUUGAAACACUGGCACCUUCACAGGCAUGUAGGCCGUCUGGUAAAGAUGAGUUUGUCAGCCUGGGUCUGAGGAUGUCCAAGGCAGAGUUCAUGUUCCACAACCAGUCCUCUGUGGAGACACUCUACGUCUCACCCUCGUUCAAAACUGUCAGCCCAGAGAAGGAGACCAGAGCCAGCGAGGACGUCCAGACCCCUGUGCAGUCCAAAAUCUGCUGGAUGGAAGAAGAUGUGAGCCUCAAGCCCUUAGCCAUGCGGGGUGAGUGUACCCCCAAACAAGCCAAAAAUGCUAUUUCCACUGCCUCUGAGGUCACAUCUUCUUUUUCUACUUUGUCUGUGUCGUCUCCUGACUCGGCCCAUCCAGAGAAGUCAGCCCAUCACUUUCCCCUGGUUUUCACCAGCCCUUCCUUCUUGAUUCAGCCCCGUCCACAGUCAUCGUCUGCCCCCUUCACAUACAAAGAUGAGGCAGCCAGGGUUUGCCACCCCUUUGCUCCCAGGGGUACAGCAUCUUCAGAAGACAAAGAAUACCCCAAUGGCCAAGAUAACUCCGGCUCAGCUACGGAGAAGCCAGCUCACACUCCUAGCAGUAAUCAGGUAGCAUUUUCCUCUCCAGCUAGAACCUGCUUCCCCUCGGUUAGCCUAUCCCAGGCUAGUUUUCAGACAAGGGAAGGCUUGCCCAGGGAAUCCCCCGAGGCGAGCUCUCUCCAUGGGCUUCUAGGCGAGGUGAGGGGUGCUGUGCUCAGACUCCAUGAGGACCUGAGCCUGGUGAUCCAGGAACUUGGUGUCAUCAACAAUCACCUAGGCAACCUGAGUGGCAGCAGCCAAGCAGCCAGCGAGACUCUGCAGGACCCCCAGUCUUCCAUGGGGAGCUCAGAUCCUAUCUAG